UGUCCAUUGAAUUCUCGACAAGACAUCAUUCUGCUAGGAUUAUGUUGCUCCUCUUAAUCAGUUCUUAAUCUUCAUGAAUUUUCAGUUUAUUUGAGUCUCAAUUUAAAUAGGAAGGGCCAUAAACUAGUUGAUCUAGCUUUUAUAGAUAAAUAUAUUCCUUAGACCAAAAGAAAAUACAGUUAUGGGAACAACAUUAUUCUGAUUAAUUCUGGUUAUUCCGUUUUACCCUUUUCAGAACACUCACUCAUGAGCUUUUUGUCCUUUCUUAUCUCAAAAGCCAUUAAAAAAUUGGCAACAUGAACAUGAUAUAGUAUACUUUAACAGAACUUCCACUAUGACUUAUUAAUAAAUAUAUAGUAACUUGCACUUUUGAUUCUGCAUGCACUCCAAAAGCUAAAUUUAGUUAAAAUUGUUGCAACUUGCAACUUGUUUGUGUUGUAGUGCUUAUAGUACCUUCUUAAGUUUUCAAGUUUUAUGGAGAAUAGAGACUAGGUAGUUUUGGCUUCAAUAUUUGUUUGUUGAGAAUGAAGCAUUCUUAUAUUUUACCAGUAGCAUUCUGUGUAGUUUUUCUUACUUUAUCCCUUUUAGUUCAAGCUAGACACCAUCAUUCACAUAAAAAACAUAAGCAUUCACAUUCACAUUCACAUAAAUCAUAUGAAACUUCACCACCACAGCCACCUCCUCUUCAUGAUGAUUACUACAAUAAUAAUGCCUCUGGCAUUUUUGAUGUAAGAUCAUUUGGUGCAAUUGGAGAUGGAAUAGAAGAUGAUACAGAAUCAUUUAAGAUGGCAUGGGACACUGCAUGCCAAAAUGGAUCAGAUGUUAAUGUUAUCCUUGUUCCUCAAGGUUUCUCCUUCGUCAUUCAGUCGACUAUCUUCACUGGUCCUUGUCAAGGUGACUUAAUAUUCAAGGUGGAUGGCACUGUUUUGGCACCUGAUGGACCUGAAUCUUGGCCAAAGAACAACAGUAGGCGACAGUGGCUGGUUUUUUACAGAAUGAAGGGAAUGUCACUAGAAGGAAGUGGUUCAAUUGAUGGAAGAGGACAAAAAUGGUGGGACCUACCUUGUAAGCCUCACAAGGGAUCAAAUGGGACAGCAUUAGGGACUUGUGAUAGUCCAAUUGCCAUAAGGUUUUUUAUGAGUUCUAACUUGACUGUGAAAGGACUUAAGGUGAAGAACAGCCCUCAGUUCAAUUUCAGAUUUGAUGCCUGCAAUAAUGUCCAUAUAGAAUCAAUUUAUAUCACAGCUCCAAAAAUAAGCCCCAACACCGAUGGGAUUCACUUAGAAUAUGCCAAUGAUGUGAAAAUAUAUAAUUCUGUGAUUUCCAAUGGUGAUGACUGUGUGUCCAUUGGAACCGGGAGCUAUGAUGUUGAUAUAAAGAACAUUACUUGUGGACCUAGUCAUGGAAUUAGCAUAGGUAGUCUAGGAAAUCACAACACGAAAGCAUGUGUAUCAAACAUUACAGUGAGAGACUCGAUCAUAAAAAUGUCAGAUAAUGGAAUCAGAAUCAAGACAUGGCAAGGAGGAUCAGGGUCAGUUUCAGGAGUAACAUUCAAUAAUAUUCACAUGAUUAGUGUAAGAAAUCCAAUCAUAAUUGACCAAUACUAUUGCCUAACCAAAGAUUGUACCAACAAAACCUCAGCAGUAUCUGUAUCAAACAUUCUUUACACAAACAUCAAAGGAACUUAUGAUAUAAAAAGCCCUCCUAUGCAUUUUGCUUGUAGUGACUCUGUCCCUUGCACUAACAUAACACUCUCAGAAAUUGAGCUUCUUCCUUCUCAAGGAGAUAUUGUCCAUGAUCCUUUUUGUUGGAAUGCUUAUGGAGAUUUAGAGACAUUAACUAUUCCACCAGUUUCUUGUUUGCUAGAAGGCAUUCCUCAGUCUUUGUUAGACUAUGAUAUAGGUCAUUGCUGACCCAAAUAGGUUCUUUAUAAAUUUAAGCAAAAGUGUGUCCAUGUAUAUAUAUGAUUGUUAGGUAUUGUUAAGGAAUAUAGCAUUUGAUUUUGAAUCUUCUGUUGUGAUUGAUUAGGAGUUGUGUUUUUUAUGCUCCUCCUGAAUGUAAACUGUGUUGCGUGAAUGCCAAGGUUUAAAAAUGCA